AUGGAAAGAAAGAGAAGGGUGCCGGCGCGUGCUGCUGCGCGCGUCGAGCAGGCCGCCAAGAAGAGCAGAACCUCGACGCCUCCCGACGUCCUCUCCGCUACCCCCACGGCCGCUCUCAACACCACUCCUGCGCCCGACUCUGUCGACGAGCCUCAGAAGCCCCCGCCUCCCCCGUUGCCCACCUCCAUCCACCCGGGAAAGCCUCUGCCUACCAUCGAGGGCGCUGCGCAAUCUGAAACUCCGCCCCAGAGGGACUAUCAGUCCAUACAAGAGAGUGGCGUCUUGGCCGAGUCACUCUCCCGUUCGCGCCAGAGAUGGAUUGGCGACGGUCUCUUCGAGAAAUACUGGACAAAACCAACAAAGAAGAAAGGCGUCGUGCAGGAAGACGCCAAAAACCCCCCCAAGGACACCAUGGCCAAGGUCGGGCAGGUCACUAUCUCUCUCGAACCACACUAUUUCGAGGCGACUGUCUAUGCUGUCAAGGACCCCAAUAAGCCCGCACCUCAGCCCGUCUUUCGGCCCAUCCUGCAGUACGGCCCUCCCAAUGGAGCCAUGCCUCCACCUCCGACGCCUGUGUCCAAACCUCCGACGCCCUCAGCGACGCCUGCGCCUGUCCCGGACCGGGCACAGGGUGCUGUAGCCCCUGUCGCUUCCGCUUCCAUAUCCUCCGCCGUCCCCUCACUGGCCCCUCAGGCCAGCAAUCUGGCGCAGCCGCAGGCACCAGUACCAGCUACACAACAGCCAUCCUCGUCUUCCCAAGGCGGUCAUAUCUCAGCACCGGCGACGCAGAGCUCGUCCCCUCGGGCCACAGGGACUAUUCCCCCGCCAAGCGAGGCACCUCUGGCGCCGGCUGCGACGACUUCGAAUCCCCUUGCGCCGCUGGCUCCGCAGAUGCCACAGCCGGCUUCGUCAUCAUCACCAGCGCCAUCAAGCUCGGCGGCACACACUGGCAACAACUCAUUUCCGCCAUACCAUACCCCUGUCCCCGCCUCUGCGCCAGUGGCUGGUGUAUCUACUCCACCACAAGGCAACUCGCGCCACCUGCCUCCUCAAAACCCUCAAAGUCGACCUCCCGGCCCUCCUGUAGGGGCGGAUCCUAUCAUCGUUACCCUGGCUGAGAAAGCAAACGAGGACCCUCAAUUACGGGAUCUGAUGAAGCGCGUGGCCAACGGCAACGCCCCUAAGGACGAGCUCGCCCGCUUUCAGGCAAUAAUCGACCAAAUCACUGCGGAGAGCAAGCGCAAGGGAGCCUUGAAGGGGCCGUCAGCAGACCGGCUUCUCGUCGAUGGCAGGAGCGUGCGCUACUUUGCUGAUGAAGUUGAUGCCAUCAUUGCGAUAGUGCUCAGGUCAAAUCCGAAACAGACAUCUGCUGACCUCGCGCCACCUUCGGGCAGUGAUCCCUUGGUCGUCGCGCUGGUGAAGAAUGCACUGGACGACUCCAAGACUCUGGAGCGAGUCCGGCGCAUAGCAAAGAACACCCCCGAAUUCUCCGAUGCCACUGAUUUGAAGGAGACCCUAGAUCGUCUGAAGGACCAGCUAGGGCAACAGAAGCCUCAGUCAGCAGUUGCACCUGCGAGGCCCCACGGCACACCUAGCGUUCAUCCGUCGAGUGUGCAGCAGGCGCCGCCGGCCGCGGCUCCGCAGCAAGCGCUUCGCUCUAAAGGUCCUCCUCCGGUGGUGAAGCCUGAUGUCUCGGCUGUUGUUUUCGAAUUCGCUGGCGGGAAUGGUGAUCGAUAUCUCUUCCCCAGGUUCAGUAUCGUGGAGCACGUCCAGAUGCCGAGUGGUCCGCAGCUCAUCGCGUCCUUUCUCAUUGUCAGGAAAGGGAGUGUUUCUGAAUAUGGUGGCGACCCGAAGCUCGACUAUUACCAACCUGUGACCAUCAGGAUAUCGUCAGCCCAACCAAGAACCUUGGAUCAUUUCUCAAAGGUUGUAGCCCCGGCAGACGAGGUCAAGCGCUACAUGGAGGAUGUGAUGGACAACAUGACGCGCGCAGAGUAUGUGCUGCUGGCAAUGCGCCUUCCGAAGCCCGAGAGGGAGGCUAAGGAGGACGGGCACGGGUCUGAGAAGGAAAACAAGACCGAGGAGUCGAAUCAUGCGACGCCCGACGUUGAAGACUCGGAUUUGUGGAGGAAGGGCCUCACCUGGAAGAAGGACAAGACAAUUAAACAGCUGUCGGCGAAGCCUCACGCGCUCAAACAAGGUGGGAAGAGGUCUGUCAAUGAGGACGAGCAGUAUCAGAAUUUCAUUGCGAGCGUGAGCCGCAAAGCGACCGAGGAUCAGAACCCCGGCUACUUUGAAAUGGGCCAGAGCGACCGGAAGCGUAGACUCACAUAG